AUGUGGAGACCUCUGAGUCAAAAGUGCAAGAUGACCAGGCCACAGUCAGGAGGAUGCCCCGAGCGCAAGAUGGGCCAAGGCUCAGGCAGUGAUCCCAGCUGUAGCUCUGUGAUGACCCGCUUCCAGAGCAAGAUGCAACUGAUCCCCAAGGAGCAGGAGGAAGGGGCAGACAGACCAGGCAUCAUCCCUAAUGAGUGCACCAAGGCUGGUGGCUCUUCCAUGGUCAGAGCAAGUCAGCCGCCCGCUUGUCCUGAGUCAGGUUUCACUUCACCCCUCUCUGCCCUGCCCCUCCCUGCAUCCUUUUUACUUCUCUUGACCUGGACCAUCGCCUCCUGCCUGAAUGCUCCUAUCAGGCCAGCUGAUAGGGGUGGUGCUUCUCUCAGGUCCUUGAUAUGA